GGCCAGGUUGUUGGUAUAAGUUACCCGGAUAUAUCGGCUUCAGAAUAUUCCUUUGUUUUGUGCUUCAUAUCAUAAAAUUGCAUUGUCUAUUGAUUCUCAAACUUGCUUGACAAUGUCAGUCCUUCCUCUGCAGCUGGACACUACAAACCGACCCGAUGAGUGGAAGAUUGAGCAGGGCCUCUCCGGCCACAAACUGCCCAUCCUCGACGUGAGCGGCAAAGAGCUAGUCAACAUCUACCCUCCCAAGUAUCGCCAUCCGGUGAAAGAUCAGCAUGCCAUCGAUGCCGUGGGGAAUCGUGAUGAGCUGUUCAAAAGGGAAUUGCCGGGCUGGAGAGGAUACGUCGAGUGGGAAAAGUACCCCGAGAAAAAGGAACAGGCCCACAAGAUCCUUACAAGCCAGACCUUCGACCCCAGCCCCGAUUUCAUGUUCGGACCCAUCCCAGACUCGAACCCAGUUCUUCCGGGCGACGACUUCAAAGCAUGGCACGAAGCCCUCGGAGGCGAGCUGGCAAGUGUAGCAGAGGAUUCAUGGAAUACUGUCCUCCGCGAGAAACACCCUGAUAUGUUGCAUCUACUCCAGUUCCCAUAUAAUGGCGAGCCGCCCAAACGCCUGGUCACGUCCAAGGCCAUCACCCCGAACCCGCUGCACUUUGUGCGUAACCACGGCGGCAUCCCACUGAUCGAGAAAGAUAAAUGGAGUCUCUCACUAGAUGGCCUGGUCCGUCAUCCACAGAGCUAUACAUUGGACGAUAUCCAGGACGAGAGUCGGUUCCCGCAGAUGGAGAAGACCGUCACGAUCCAGUGCUCGGGAACUCGACGGAUCGAACAGAUCAGCCGGUACGGUGGACAGGGCGAUGAAGUUCCUCAGGCACCAUGGGCUGAAGGGGCAAUUGGCACUGCACGAUACAAAGGCAUCAGUUUGAAAAAGCUCAUCAAGGAUUGCGGAGGUCUUAUUGCUCCCGCGAAGCACCUCGAGCUGUACGGUGCCGAGACCUAUGUUAAAGACCUAGAGGUGAUGAACUACCUCGUCAGCGUGCCCUGGUCCAAGGUCAAGGCCAACGAGGUGAUCCUAGCCUGGGAGAUGAACGGCGAGCCUCUGCCCAAGAUCCACGGCUAUCCUCUCCGUGUGGUAGUUCUGGGCUAUAUCGGAGCUCGCAGCGUGAAGUGGCUGUAUCGCAUAAAAGCAAUUGAGAACCCAUCUCUUGCUCCUGUCCAGAGCAAGGAGUACCUGUACUUCAACCAGCAGGUGGGAAAGUACAACCAACGCCCAACGGACGGAAUCCAGAUCCAGGAGAUGCCCGUCAGCUCGGCCAUCAUGUCGCCCUGGAACAAGCAAGCUAUCAUCCACAGCGGCAAGAUCAAAUGCAAAGGCUGGGCAUACUCUGGCGGUGGUCGGUGGCCAGAACGCGUGGAGCUCUCCGCAGACGGCGGUUUUAGCUGGUACGACGUGCCCCCAGAGCAGCUGUCCAAGAAGGGCCGCUGGGUCUGGCGCACAUGGGAAUUCGACCUGCCUUGUGAUGUCGAAGGUUGGAUCGAGAUUGUCUGCCGAUGCUGGGACAAUGCGAUCAACACGCAGCCGUUGGAUGUCCGCGCGGCUUGGAACUGGGGGCUGCAUGUUACGCAUUCAGCGCAUAGAAUCAGUGUCUACAGUAUUAACAGGAGUCAUCCUGUUACUCGGGAUCGACUCGAGAAGAUGGACCAUCUGGGCAUUCCAGUGGCCCCGCUCACUCGCUAUCAAAUCAUUCCCAGCCAGACUAUGGAGGAGUACCAGAAGUACUGGAAGGAUCAUGAACCUCGCGAUGUUGAUGAUUGAGUAACAAUAUCUGGAAUAAUCCGACACAGUGAUCUUGUAUUUGCUUCCAUCAUUAUAGCCUAGUUAAUAUCGAGCCGUUCCAUACCCCAACACCGUCACUGAACUUGCCGU